AAUCUAAUCUAAUCUCGUGUGGUUAAACUUAAUCUUUCCUUAUGGAAUUUGAGUUUCAUAUACUACUCGUAUUACUUUUCCAUAAUAACAUUCUGAUAUGUUUUCUUUGUCGCCAAUUAUUAGAAAAUGAUAAAAUAAGCAUAAAUUAAAGCAUUUUCUUUUAUAUGAUGCAAUUAUCACCAAAACUCGCGAUGACAUAAAAUUACUGCAAUUCAUAUAAGUAUGUACAUUAAUGAGUAUGCACUUACGUGCAUAACAAGUGCAUGUUGAUAAUAGAAAAACGAUUACUGUAAAAUAAGCAAAUGAUUACAGAAUUAAUCUUCAGAUUUAAGGAAUAAAACAUGCGAUUAUUUCUACGCAACGUAGUUUGGUUAUCCCCUUUGACCGUGAAACUAUAUGCGCAUAUACAUAUGUACAUAUGUAUGUAUUUGUUUAAAAUAUCAGUGAGUUUUAGUGCAUGAUCAUCGAUUGACUCAGUGGUGAUAUUUGCAAAAUAAAAAAAUCUUCAAUAAUAACUAAUAAAUACAAAUACAUUAUUUAUAAGUUUUUUUCCGAAUAUGAUAAGGGAUAGAACACAUAUUUGAGAAUUACUGGGAACACCGUAACUAAGUACAUAUUAUAGACCAAAUCGCAUGUUGCGAAGACAUAAAGAUACCUACAUACAUAUGUACAUAUAAGUAAAUACACAUCGAAAUUAUAUUGUUUUUGUAUUUUGCUGAUUUUCUCAGUACUUUUCAUGCUGUGAGAUUGUGUGCAGAAAGCGCCUCAAGCUAACGAGAACACGCGUCGACAGAUCUAUUAAACGACUGCAAGCCCUAACGCUGUCUAAAGGCACAUACCUCGCUUGGACAAGAACAGUUCGUCUGGAAGUCGCGAAUAGUACGCACGCCUAGUAGUGAUAUAGCAGUCGUGGUAUUAAAGUUGCGGAAUCGCACUCAAACAACGCGAGUGUUUUCCUAUGACACAACAAUAAAAAGUGUGAAAUUUACAAUAAACUUACCUAUACAUACAUAUAUAAACGUCAAUUUGUGGAUAAAUCGCAUUUAUUGUUUGUACAUAUUUGCAAAGCUUUAGCGUCAAAAAGAAGAAUAUAAAAUUGUGAUAAAUUUUCUUUCCUGGAAUCCAAAAAAGUAAAACUAAUAAUAAACAAACAUGCCACCAAAUGCCACAGCAAAUACACAAUCGAUAACCAACUCUUUGGUUAACGGAGAUGGUGAUGAUGCGAAAUCACUUACUGAUAACUCCACAGGUGUACUCUUCGAACAGGAUGCAGAAACCUACGAUGGUGGCCUUGUGAAGGACAUUGAAAAAUUUAAAAAAGCCGAAAAACGAAGACUCAAGCUUGUUUGGAGAAAUAUAAUCGUAUUCGCCUACGUACAUCUAGCUGCUGUAUAUGGUUUAUGGCUAAUGAUGACAUCGGCCAAAUGGCAAACUAUAACUUGCGCCAUCUUGUUAUAUGUCAUCUCCGGACUGGGUAUUACCGCAGGUGCACAUCGCCUUUGGGCUCAUCGCUCCUACAAAGCCAAAUGGCCACUGCGCGUUAUUCUAAUGAUCUUCAACACAAUCGCCUUCCAGGAUGCUGCUUACCAUUGGGCACGAGACCAUCGUGUGCAUCACAAAUAUUCGGAAACUGAUGCUGACCCACAUAAUGCCACUCGGGGUUUCUUUUUCUCACACAUCGGCUGGCUAUUGUGCAAGAAACACCCUCAAGUCAAAGCCAAAGGUAAAGGAAUGGACUUGUCCGAUCUACGCGCAGAUUCGGUUUUGAUGUUCCAAAAAAAAUAUUACAUGAUUUUGAUGCCACUUCUAUGUUUUUUGAUACCAACUCUGAUUCCGAUGUAUGCUUGGAAUGAAAAAUUCAUAAAUUCAUGGUUUGUCGUUGCUAUGUUCCGUUGGUGUUUCACCUUAAACGUAACUUGGUUGGUUAAUAGCGCAGCCCACAAAUUUGGUGGUAAACCCUAUGACAGAUUUAUCAAUCCAUCCGAAAAUAAAUCAGUAGCUCUUUUCGCAUUCGGUGAGGGCUGGCACAACUAUCAUCAUGUAUUCCCCUGGGAUUACAAGACCGCUGAACUUGGUGAUUAUUCGCUGAAUUUAACCACGGCUUUCAUUGACUUCUUCGCCAAAAUCGGUUGGGCAUAUGAUCUAAAGCAGGUGUCUCACGACAUUAUCGAAAAGCGUGUUAAACGUACGGGCGAUGGUACACACGCCACUUGGGGUUGGGGCGAUAAGGAUCAAUCCAAAGAAGAAAUGGCGGAUGCGUUAAUUACACACAAAAAAGCUGAAUAAAAUAUAUACGUUACGUCCAGCAACGAGCGGCAGAUCAAAGUGAGCGUGUGUGUAUGUGAGAAGAUAUUGAUAAAUCUGUUGGAAAAUUUAGUGUGGGUGAAAUAUCAGCGAAACUAAUGGAGAGUGGCUGCUGGAGUAGUCAUCUCUUAGGUAAUAAUAAUACAAAACCUGUAUAUGAAUAAUGUAGUGUUGUGUGUGGAGUUUUCAAACAAUAUCGUACAAACAAUAUGGCAUGGCGUCAAAGAGCUUAACAAGAUACGUUUUGGGUUUUUCAAUGUAAACUAAUAACUUAUAACACUGAAGUAAACUAACAGAUCAAUUUCUUUUAUACAUACAAAGAUAUGUAUGAGCACUUAAAAAUUGUAUUAAUUAAUUUUUUUCCAUAACGUGUCUUGAAAUGUAAUAAUUAUACCGAGGGUCUCAUGUUCCCAGAAUUGUAUGCUAGCACAUAAGUAUGUGAAAUAAGUAAGGCAAUCGCCUCCAGAAAUAGCGUACCUAUAUGCUUAACGAAUAUCUGAUGCAGUCAUACCCACUAGUGAUACCAUAUAAUUAGAAAAUAGAAGCGAAUUAAUUUAGAAUCAAAAUAAAAAUCGCCAGUUUAUUACUAAGUUCAAAUUCUGUAUUGCAUAAAUGAAUAUGAAAUGUUUAUAAAACUUUUAAAUGCAACGGGUGAAUUAAUGAUAUUUAAAGCGCUAAACACCACACAGCACACGCUAUUUAAAAACUACCAAAAAUGGGGUUAUUAGUAUUUAUAAAUAAAAACAGAAAAUAUUAUAUAAAAUAUGUUAUUUCUAAAAAAUAUAAAUAUAAACUAUUACAUAUAAAUUGUUGAGUAAUACUAAAAAAAUACAAACGACUAUUUUUUAGCAUUCUUAAAGUGAUUCCAUUAUUUUUAUUUACAUAUAUGAUGGCCAAUGUGAACCAAAUAUAAUUACAAAAAGGAAAUAUAUUCUUCUUAUUUUUAUUAAA